UAGAUUCUUCCAUUAUUACCCGGUUGGGGCAAAAUGGAUCUUGCGCAGUAACCUGCAUGUGUGUAAAAAACAGGUAAAAAUCACCUAACUGGGCGAAAACGAGAAAGGAAGCCUCUGUUUACCAAUGAUAAGGAAUAAGAGCUAUCUAUAACGCCGCUGAUUAAGAAGAUGCCGUUUUUUGGCAACACCUUCAGUCCAAAGAAGACCCCUCCUCGCAAAUCUGUUUCUCUCUCCAAUCUGCACACGUUGGAUCGGUCUACGAGGGAAAUAGAGUUGGGUCUUGAAUAUGGAGCCCCUGUAAUGAACAUCGGGGGGCAGAGCUUGAAAUUUGAAGAGGGACAAUGGAUUGCAGAGUCUGGAGGGAAUGCAUCAGGGAAGGAGGUGCAGAGACUAAAAAAGAGGAACUUACAGCUUGAAGAGGAGAACAACCUACUGAGGCUGAAGAUUGACCUCCUGUUGGACAUGUUGUCAGAAACUACUGCAGAGUCUCACCUGAUGGAGAAGGAACUGGAGGAGGUGAAAAAUCACAGUCGAAGGAAGAAGUGAUGAAUAGAAAACUGAAGACGGGUUCCCAGUGACACUUGAAAAGGAAUGAAUUAAGAGGAAUGAGGAAGGGGAUAGAUAAGGGAUGGUGAUGGAUGGCAGUGUUAGUGACCAACUGUACUGUAAAAUUAGACUUAUCGUUAUAUGGAUUUAAAAUCAUUGAAGGUAUGAGAGUUUUUAAAUGUGUCCUAUCCUUUUAUAAAAAUGAAUUUCUUUGAUUCAUUAACUUUUGUAAGCAUUAUCGUAUCAGUGCUGAACUAUUUUAGAAUACUAUGAUUUAUAUUCAACGUCCUGUGUGUGUAUGGUUUUGGCAGCUGUGUGUAUUUGAAUAUUUGUUUUCAUAUCCUUUCUACUUUAUUAAAAGGUUUUAACUACAUUUCAUAAAGUCAUGUUUUGUUUGCAUACAUGUCUGUAUUAGUAUGCAAGUGCCCAUACUAAUGCGAGCUUAGACCAACGUCUGAUGGAAACUGGCAAGAGUGUGGGGGGGGUCUCAAUUCAACAGGUCUCCAUCUUCAGAACUGUAUCACUGGAUAUUUCUACCAUCUCUUGGAUCCCUGUGGUUUUCUAUCACAGGUGAGGUGAGAUUGUUAUUACAAUGUAACUACUAGAAUAUUGUUACACCAGAUGCUGAAUGUAAGGAUUGUCAUUAGAGGUAGGCUAUUUAAUUCUGUAGCUGAAAAACAAGCUGGGUUCAGUGAUAUCAGCAGAUUUCUCCAGCAGUUUACUUCAUUAUACAUACUGCAUAUACUGCAGACUAUUUUUCAGCUAAAAUUCUUUACUGUAACAUUCCUGUAAUGUUUUUGCCAUGUGUUUAACAAUGUCAAAUCAAAUGUUAUUUGUCACAUGCGCUGAAUACAACAGUGAAAUGUUUACUUACAAGCCCUUAACCAAAAAUGCAGUUAAGAAAAAUACCCCCCAAAAUAAAACAAAUAAUUAAAGCGCAGCUGUAAAAUAACAAUAGCAAGGCUAUAUACAGGGGGUACCGAUACAAAGUCAAUGUGCGGGGGCACCGGUUAGUCGAGGUAAUUGAGGUAAUAUGUACAUGUAGGUAGAGUUAUUAAAGUGACUAUGCGUAGAUAAUGAACAGAGAGCAGUAGCAUAAAAGAGGGUACGGGGGGGGGCAAUGCAAAUUGUCUGGGUAGCCAUUUGAUUAGAUGUUCAGGAGGCUUAUGGCUUGGGGAUAGAAGCUGUUUAGGUUCAAGAGGCUUCUAGACUUGGCGCUCCGGUACCGCUUGCCGUGCGGUAGCAGAGAGAACAGUCUAUGACUAAAGUGGGUGGAGUCUUUGACAAUUUCUAGGGCCUUCCUCUGACACCGCCUGGUAUAGAGGUCCUGAAUGGCAGUAAGCUUGGCCCCAGUGAUGUACUGGGCCGUACGCACUACCCUCUAGUCGGAGGCCGAGCAGUUGCCUUACCAGUCAGGGAUGCAAGCAUUCAGGAUGCUCUCGAUGGUGCAGCUAUAGAACCUAGAUCUGAGGACCCAUGCAAGAAAAAAGGUUUUUAUACUUUUUCUUAAAGAAUGAUAACUGUAGAUUCCAUUAAUUCAAAAUGUACUUUUAUUGGUGGGGAUGCUUGAGGAGAUUGUGGUGAAAUGGGUCAGUGAAUGUGUCAAGAUCAGACACCAGCAACUAAGCAGAUAUUUAAUUCAAGACCUAAACAAACAAGCCCACCCAUCAAUUAAAUAGAGUUACGUCAUACUUCUGUGGCAAGAGACAAUUCUAUAGUAACAGGCUUCUCGCACUGUGAUUAACAGCAAUCUCAGACACCAUAUCAGACAAAUUGAAUCUGAUUAGCUUUCUCAAACAGGCCAAGUCACUGUAAACAAAUGCAGUAAAUACAAUCAUAAUCCAAAGGCUUAGUCAGUCGUUCAUUGAGUAAGUAUUGCACCAGUGUGUGGGGGAAAACAAAGUGACAUUUUGACAGUUUGGUUAUGAAUUGACCAAUUAUUACUCAGUGUGAGCCACAAUACCUCCUUCCACAAUAUACAUUCCACAUUUGAGACAUGGAUUGUGUAACAUACCCCACUCCUGCCUCCUAGAGCGGAACAUCCUCUUGACAGACAAUGGGAGUCAGUACAACCAAGAGGAUGGAGGCUGGAUCCCCUGAUGAUGGUUGGGGGCAGGAUGGUGCUGCUCAGCUGUUUCGUUGUUACUGGGUUCUCCUACACCUUCCCCAAAGCCAUCAGUGUCUACUUCAAAGAGCUGAUGAGGGAUUUUUUUCGUGUGACACAGCCUGGAUAUCCUCCAUCAUACUGGCCAUGCUCUAUGGCUCAGGUCAGAAGACGAUCAAUAUAUGUUUUAGGGGCUUCUGAGCUUAAAUCCUAUACGAAAAACAAAGCUGUCAGAUGUCAACAAAAAGGACUGCAUUUUGAAUGGGAGAAUCAAAAUAGAAAAUGUGACCAUCUUGGACAUGUAUUUUGUCUGGAGAUGCAAGUUCUCUCUCUCGUAGUUCUGCAUCAUUUCAAUAACAAAUACACAUGUCUUGUCUGUGAACUGUACUGAACAAAAAUAUAAACGCAACAUUUGCUAUUGAAAAAAUUAACGCCACAAAAGUUAUGGCGGUGCUUAGGUAAAGCAACGCACCUAUAGACCUGUGUUAUCAUUGGCUAUUUUUACUUUCCGUACACUGUGCAUGUAUUUUCCUGAUAUGAAUGGUCUGUUGACAAGUCUGUCAAAAUCCCUGUGUAGCGAUUGGCUGAAUAUUGCGUCAUUGCACUUUUAACGCCUUCCACUCUUGUUGCUCUCAGGAAGCGGGUAAAAGAUAGUCCUCUUGUUUAGCUGGACGAGGACUGUGUCGCGAAGGCCUUUUCUUUAGAAAAUAAACUCUAUGUUUAACUGGAAACAGUGAACUUAUUUAUUUGCGGUCUUAGUCGUUCAAGUUCCUAUACCAAAUAUGCCAAGAGGCGGU